UUAGGCUAACCCAUGUCAAAUCAUCACAUGCCAAUGUCACGCCUUUUUUUAGUUAAAAACAAAACAGCAAUGUAUAGAUUCGACUUAAUAUGAACGUUCCAUAUAUUGACUAAGGUUCGCUGGGGCACGCGGGAGAAGAAGGGCGCCAAGUUUCUAGAGUAAGAGGCUCAGAGCCGUGGAGGAAGAAGUUUCCCUCUCUCGUAAAAGUGGAGACGUCGGCGCGCUCCCUUUAAAUCCAGGUCAAGGAGCGUCUGGCCACGCCCCGUUCUGCAGCCGCCGUAAAGUGCGGCGUCUUGGCCACACCCCUUCCCGUGCUGCUUGUGACGCCGGCAACCUUGGCUUUUAGCGCGGGAAAAGGAAGCAGGCCGGUGCGCUCGGCUGUGAAGUGGGACCGGCUGUUUUCGCCGAGGCUGCCGCCCGGGCGCCUCUGCAGGCCAUGGGGUUUCUGGAAUUGUGCGAGAAAGUGUUCGGCACCGCCGACCUUUACCAAGUGUUGGGCGUGCGGCGCGAGGCCUCGGACGGCGAGGUUCGGCGCGGCUACCACAAGGUGUCUCUGCUGGUGCACCCGGACCGGGUGGGCGAGGGCGACAAGGAGGACGCCACCCGCCGCUUCCAGAUCCUCGGGAAAGUUUAUUCCGUUCUGAGUGACAGGGAGCAGAGAGCAGUGUACGAUGAGCAGGGAACAGUGGAUGAGGAUUCGGAUAUGCUCACCCAAGAUCGGGACUGGGAGACGUAUUGGAGAUUACUCUUUAAAAAGAUAUCUCUAGAAGACAUUCAGGCAUUUGAGAAGACAUACAAAGGUUCUGAAGAAGAGCUGGCUGAUAUUAAACAGGCCUAUCUGGACUUCAAAGGUGACAUGGACAAGAUCAUGGAGUCUGUGCUGUGUGUGCAGUACACAGAGGAACCCAGGAUAAGGAAUAUUAUUCAGCAAGCCAUUGAUGCUGGAGAGGUCCCAUCCUAUAACACCUUUGUUAAAGAAUCAAAGCAAAAGAUGAAUGCGAGGAAAAGGAGGGCUCAGGAAGAGGCUAAAGAAGCUGAAAUGAGCAAGAAGGAGUUGGGGCUUGAUGAAGGAGUAGAUAACUUGAAAGCACUCAUUCAGAGCAGACAAAAGGAUCGGCAACAGGAAAUGGACAAUUUUCUGGCUCAGAUGGAAGCAAAGUACUGCAAACCUUCCAAACGAGGUGGGAAAAAAACAACUCUCAAGAAAGAAAAAAAAUAAUGGAACUUGUCUUCAAAGGUCCUUAGGUGUUAAUUGGUGCCAUUGUAAGCAAGAUACAGUCAAGAUUUGAAGACAAAUGUUAAUCCAACCUUUGAGAAAAUUUUCUUUCCAGCCUCAAGUAUUAAGAUCAACCAUAUAAAUCAAGUAGAAUCUCUCAGUAUGAUUUUAGUAUAUUCUAGAACUCCCCUGACCUUCUGUGAGGUCCUUGUAUGAAGGAAUUUGUUGGUGAUCCUUGAGGGAACUGGGGAGGUGGUGUACUUGUUGACAGCACUUGCUUCUAUGGAUCUCUGUAGGACAAACUCAAGAAUAAGGGCCUAAACAGUUGGCAUUUUGUCACACAGGAGCUUCAGCAUGUUCAGAGUGACAUAUGUGUUUAUUAGAACAGGUACUCUACCUAGAGAGAACAUCUUUUGAACAGCUGCUGGACUUCUAUCUUCCAAAUACUUGCCAGUUUGUUUUUGGUCUUAGUAUUCUUGAAUAGACUCUCUCUCCUUUUUGUUUUACUCAACCAGGUUUUGCACUCUUUGCUUGAAAUAUAGGAGAAAUAGGUGUUCAGAUUACUUCAGGCAUCUUUGUAAGACUUAUACAUGAUUAAGUAAACAAGCACAAAAUGACUAAAAUCUUGGGGCUUUUAAAAUGAUCCCAGUGAUCAUUUAAAAUAUCUAGACAAAACAUGAAUGUUUAGGAUAGAGAAGAGAGAAGAGUAAUCUUAGCAAACAGUACAGUAUGGCCUGCUUUAAAUAGUACAGAGAGAGGGUGUGGUCCUGCCUGUAACUGCUGAAUGUCCUUACAUCACUGAGCUUGUCUGAACUUCUCAUCUGUAAAAGGGUGAGGGAGUUGAGCUAAAUGACUUAGAGGCUCUUUCUGACUUUUAUUAACUCUUAACUUUUAAAGGCAAGCUAUUGUGAUUCAAGAUGGCUUGGAUUAUUAUGUAUUCAUAAUACUGAUUUAUGAGAACAGUAGAGAGGUUUUCAGUUAUAUAUAAUUGAAUUGGUAUGUAUUCAUUGGAAUAUAUGGAAAUUUUUUAGGGACUGUUCAACUUAAAAAAUCUCUGAUUUGUAGACUAAUAUUUAAUACCAUAUGCAUUAAACAAGCCUUCUAUUACUGAGCGUUAUGUAUCAUAAUUUAUCUGAGGUAAGCACAUGACACAUUUUUAGUUUGUGAUUACAAAUGGGUGAAAUACUCUUUAAUUCUAUUAAAAAUAUAAUUUAAUGCGGGUUGUUUGAAGCAUCUGUCUUCAUACGAUAGCAUUAGAACACUUUGAUAUAAUAAAAAAAUUACCCUAAUAUCUGAUCACUUGAUUUUACCCACUCUGAAGAUGAAUAGUAAGAUCUAAAACCAGUAUGAUUAUCAAAAUUAAAGUUGAUGAAAUUUGAAUAAAAUAAAUUUAAGCCACAGUUAAAACCAUGGCUGUAAUUCAUGAUUGCACUCAGGAAAAGGUCUUGGUAAAAUUAGAAGAAUGCUGAAGUUCCUACUUAAACUUAGGAUAUGUUUAUACUUGAUGAAUUGCCAGUUUCUGAAAUUUUUAAGGAAUUUCAUCUUGCUGGCUCUAUAAAUUCUAUAAAUCUAUAACAGAUUCUAUAAAUGUUUUCAUUUACUUUCUUAGGUGCAGGAGAAAAUCUGGAAGUUGGGUUUAAUAUUUAGAAAAAAUAUAUUUAUAAGCACUAAAGUACUUCAAGAAGAUAAGCAUAACCUGGUAUCAAGCAGGCAUUGUGAGGUUGAGCUGUCCUAUCUGAAAAGAAAAUAGGCAUCGUGAUUUAUAACGUAAGUUACUUUAUACUUGUGCUCAACAUUUAUGUCUUUAGUUACCCCAACUGUAUCUUUCUGCCUAUGGAAUUGAACAUCAAAGGAGAAAGUUCUAGGGAAAACAUCUGUUUGAUGAGGAGCUCAGAUUUUUUACAGCACUGUGUUCUAACAGUGACUUAAAACUGAGUAUAGAAAUUAAUAUAAGCAGAAGUAUUCUGAAGCCAGCGAUAACUUAAUGUUAUCAGACAAUCAUUUCCUGCCUUUUGUGUGUGUAUAGUCUCAUAGAAUCCUGUAACUGAUGAUUGUUAACAGACAUGAGCAGUGAUUUGGGGAUAAUUAUUUAUUUGUUACAUCUUUGGGUACAAACUUUACUGUCCAGUGGAAUAGGUUAAUUUAUGCUGAAAGAAGACAGUAACCAGAGAUUGAAAUAGUACCCAUAUAAUUGUUGGCAGGUACUCUGUUGUUUUUUUCUCAAUUGUACCAAAAUAACUCUUUGUGAAGAUGGUUUUACCAUUGUCUCUUGUAAAUGAGCUCUGCAUCACAAGAUGACUGAACACUGAUUCGUGAAAUCUUCCCAUGUAUUCCCUGUAGCCUGAAGCAGGUUCUUCUCAUUUGCUCUAUGGUCCUUGCCUGGUUCUAGAGACUGCGCCUCUGUUUUGAGAUUGCAUAGACCCAUGUAACUGAGGUCCUGUCAGACAAAGGUGACAUCAUAGAGUAACAUUAGUAGACACUCUAGAUUUGGUAAUCUCAAAGGGCUUUUUUGUUCCCAUUAUCAGUUGCACUUUAAAUUUGGAGACUGGGACUAAAUAGUAAAGAUUAUAUUUACCAAGUCAAUACAAUCCACAUUUGCUUAUUUUAUCAUGUAAAAACAAAUAUCCAUAUUAAGAUAUGAAAGCCUUAACCUAGUUUUAGAGAUCCCACUGAUUUAAAAGGACUGUAAUGUCUGUUUUGCUUACCUCAAUGUUAUGCUAGUUAACCUGACCAUCAGUAUGGCUGAAUACAGUAACGAGCUCAUUGCUUUUCAAUGAAAACUAAUCCAAUAGGAUUCAUUGAAGGCAGAAAAAAGACUACCAAACAAUGCCACUAGGAGAUGAACUAAGGGAAUUCACCAGGACUACAGAGCUGGUUUGAAGCAGAUUAUUUUUUAAUAUACUUGCUGAGUAAGCUUUAUUAUUAGCAGGAACCAUUUCAAUUGUCCAGUACUUCUGAAUUUCACCUACUACGUAAUGAGAAUGACCCUGAUGAUGGAGAGAAAACCAUUAUAGGAGGAAUGAACACACCCUUAAAUUUACUCCUGUCACUUCUGUGAAAAUAGAAUCUAAAGAAUAUAAUUUAGAAAUCAAAAAAGUUAAUAGAAUAGAAACAGACUCAGAAUAUUUUAACAUUUUGGAAUUUCUUUUCUUGACCUAGCAGGCUAACUGACCAAAGCAGUUUAAUUCAUAGCAAUACAGAUUUUGCUUACAUAACAAAAAUGCACUCAGUGUUUGAAUGUUAUAUAAAAAUGACUUACUUGGCUUAAAUUUUAGAUUAAAAUUUAGAGGAGUGAGAGGUUAAUUUAUAUAAUUUAUAUAUGAGAAAACAGAAAUCUGGAACUUUCUGGUUCUGAGCAAUAGAAUUCUUUUUUUUAUUAUGUCCCAUCCAGAAAUGAAUUUGUAGUGAUAUAUAAAGAUGUAGGAAAACAAAAAUAUAAUAAAAUCUGGAGGAAGGGAAAGUAAGCAUAGAAAAAAGUAAGACAAAGGCAGGGUCUUAACAUAUUUACAUGGUAAAAUAAGAGUCAUGGUCCUACCUGUCCCUGCAGAGCCCCUACCAGGUUGGGCCUGAUGAGGGUACUCAAUAGUGCAUGAACGAUGAUACUGUGUUUCUGGCUGAAAGAGAGCAAAGAUGAGACACUUCUUAAAAUGUGACUUCUUUCAAAGGAUAGUACUUCAGUAGGUUACAACGGAAAGCCUCAAAAUCAGACAACAAUGUAAAUGGCAUCAUCUGCCAAUCUGAGGGACAGGUUAGCUGAGUACUCUGUUACAUUCCAAGUAAAAAAUCUCAAGUCAGAGACCCACAAAGCCAUUUGCUGAUUUGUAAAAAUUGUAAGUUCUUCAGUUUUAUUAAUCUGCCUUUCAGAAAAUCUUAGCAUUUAUAAAUAAUCCAAUGGUUUAAUAUUUCUGAAUAUUUAUAAUUGACUGCCAAGGGAAUUUUAUCUAUUGCCUCUUAACUGUUGAAAACAACAGAGCCUUUUCUGCAGCAUUGAAAUAUCCAUAACUUUAUCUCCAUACUUGAGAUGUGACUCUCAAAAUGAAACUGAAAUAUGUAAAAAUUACCUCAAAGAAUUUAAAGAUUUUAAGAUAUGACUAAAAUAUUAAAAUGCAAAUAAUCAAAAAUUAAUCGGUGCCAUCCGCCUGGCACUUCUAGAAUAAAAACAUUCUUCUCAGUUCCCUGUCAACAGGGGCACUGGAGUCAAGGGAUCUCAGGAAUUUUUCUGGUGAAGCCCAUGCUUUGGAUCAAAGGUCAGCAAACUUACUUUCUUUGUAGAGGACCAGGAAGUAACUAUUUUAGGUUUUGAGGUAUAUACUGUCGUCAUUGGCAACUACUCACUUGUGGUGGUGUAGUAGGAAAGCAGGCAUAGACAGUAAAUAAUGAAUUAGUGGUGGCUCUGGUCUAAAAACAGCCAGGAAGCUAAAUGGCCCAUGAACCAUAGUUUGCUGACUCCCAUUCUAGAUGAGAACACCAAGGAGCAGAGUGCCAGUCUGGCAGUGCCAGGCCCAUGACUUGGAUCACUGCUCUUAAUUACAUUGAGCUAUGAGUUCAUCUCCCUUUACAUGACAGCAUAUUGGGAGGGAAAUGGCUAAGAUAAGAAAUUUUGUUAUAACUUAUUGUUACAAAUAUCUAAAAAGGAAGGAACUUUGAAGUGUUUUAAUGUGUUCAGUUUAAUUUCUAAGGCAACCACAAAUAAAAUGUUUGAUAGAGAAUCUAGUUACAGAUUACAGUCAUCAAACAGUGCUUAACAAAUGUCCUGGAUCAAAUUACAACACAAAUUUAAUAGAGGUUGUCAAACUUUCUAGGGUUCACAGUGAGUAAGAAUCAAAUGCUUAUUUCCCUUUUGCCUGUGUUCUGGUUUCUGUCCCUUAAGCCCAAGCUCUGUUGGAUUGAAUUUAUGUCUACCUGGAACCUGUGAAUGUGACUUUAUUUGAAAAUAGGAUCUUUGCAGAUAUAAUCAAGAUAAGGUCAUACUGGCCUGGGGUAGGCCCUAAAUUCAAUGACUGGUAUCUUUAUAAGAGGGAAAUUUGGACAGAGAUACACAGUGAAGAAGGCCAUCUGAAAACAGGCAGAAUUUGGAGUGAUGUUGCUUUAUACCAUGAAUACCAAGGAUUGCUGGCAACUGCCAGAUGCUAGGAAGACCUUAGAACCUGUAGAAGUGACAUGGCUCUGCUGAUCCCUUCAUUUUGUACUUCUUGGUUCUGGUUCUGAGAAUAAAUUUCUGUUGUUUUAAGCCACUA